UGCUGCUAUGAUAGAAAAAAUAGAACACAUAGAAGCGGCCGUCAAAAGCAGGCACAAGACUGUAGACGGUAUACAAGACGUAUUGUAUAAAGUGGCCAGGGAUGACCCAAACUUGGCACAAGCCUUAGAGAGGCUACUGAUGGACAGUGAUGACACCGUGGACAGUGAGGAAGACAGAACUAGCAGCCUGCAGGAGGUACUGCUGCCCACCAGUAUGUGCAAGCUGACCGAUAGACCGACACCAACCGUGGACUUCAAUGUCCAAGACGUUUUUGAAAACGGUUUACGACAGAAACAUGUGACUACCAAAUCUGAGAAAGAUUACAGCACUCUCCCACUAAAAAUAUUUGUGGUUCCAUUUUCACACAAUGACCCUGGAUGGCUGAGAACUUAUGACGACUACCUUGUCAAUUUAACAAGUCAUAUAUUGGACAAUAUGGUAGAAAAAAUGGAUAUAUACAAGGACAUGACAUUCAUCUAUGCCGAGCUUUCAUUCUUUGCUCCUUGGUUUGAAAGAAUCAGUCCUGAAAAACAAGCCAAAGUCAAACAGUACGUCAAAGAAGGCCGCCUGGAAAUCGUGACAGGAGGUUGGGUGAUGACAGACGAAGCGUCUGCCCAUUAUUUCUCCAUGAUUGACCAGAUGAUAGAGGGACACCAGUGGCUGGAGAACCAAUUAGGUAUCAAACCACAGAGUGGCUGGUCUAUAGAUCCCUUUGGCUACUCCUCCACUAUGGCUUACCUGCUUAAGAGGAUGGACUUUAAGAGCAUGCUUCUGCAGCGCGUGGACGCCAAGAUAAAAGCCGUGCAGAAACAGCGGAAGACGCUGGAGUUCAUGUGGAGACAACUCUGGGAUCCAAGGGGUGAAACCGACAUGUUCUGUCAUGUGAUGCCUGGGGGCCAUUAUGACGUCAUCAACACGUGCGGGGUCAAUGGACAUACAUGCUGCCUAUUCGACUUUAAGCGACAGAAAGGUGUUCUGUCUUGCAGUGGCCAAUUCGCCGGGAUGAUUGAUGAUAGCAAUGUGGAAAUGAAGUCCCAAAUACUUUUGGAGCAGUACAGAAAAAAGGCCAGUCUGUACAAAAGUAACGUCCUGCUUGUCCCCCUGGGUGAUGAUUUUCGUUACCUGAAGGCGGAGGAGUGGGAUCUUCAGUACACUAAUUACCAGAGGCUGUUCCAGUACAUGAAUUCACGCCCCGGUUGGAAUGUUCAGGCCCGUUUUGGAACGCUGACGGAUUAUUUCAACGCCUUGUACGAGCGAGUCGAGGUGCAGCCAGGUUCUACCGUGCCCGGCUUCCCUGUCCUUAGUGGCGACUUCUUCCCUUACUCGGAUCUUGGUCAGAGUUACUGGACUGGAUACUUCACUUCUCGGCCAUUCUAUAAGUACAUCAACAGGCUACUUCAGACUAAGCUCAGGGGAUCAGAGAUUUUGUUCACCAUGGCUCAAACAGCUUCCAAACAAAACCACCAUGAACAGUUUCCUGCCAGGACAUUGAUGCGGUAUCUGGUCAAUGCUCGACGAACGCUGGGUCUGUUCCAACACCAUGACGCCAUCACCGGGACAUCAAAGGACCACGUGGUCAGAGAUUAUGGAAAACUACUUAGCAAAGCAUUAAGUGAAGUUAAUACGGUAACGGAAGAGGCCGCCCACGUGUUAAUGACGAAGGACAAAACUCUAUACAAGUACAACAUAUCGGGCAAGUUUUUUGAAACGCAUGAAUACAUGAAAAGGUUCGACUCGAUUCCCGAGCAGCGCGUGAUAAACCUGCGACUCAGACCAAGACAAGUUGUAUUGUACAACUCCCUGGCACAUCAGAUGGUUCAAGUCGUGCGCGUGCUUAUUGACGUGCCGCACGUGGAGGUUAAAAGUCCCGGCGGGAACAUCAUUGCAAGCCAGGUGUCUCCGCACUGGGUGAACGACGGGGAUCAACCCUCCUCUGCUAUAUAUCAGCUGGCAUUCGUGGCCAGUGUACCUGCAUUGGGUAUGAGUACGUAUGCUAUAAGGCAAGUGGAAGCCAAGGAAAACUCCAGAAAUAGCUAUGCUUCAAUUGUUAUAUACAACAGUAACAGUGGUGCCCAACUACCUCAGCCCGAAGGGUCGUUCAUAUUCCCAAUAUUAAAGAGACGCGCUGAGGAAUUCGCCAUAGAAAAUAGUAGAGUAAAACUGAAGUUUGAAGCAACUGGAUUAUUAAAACUGGUAACAGAGAAAGCCAGCUGCGAGAGCACGGCAGUAAAACUAGAGUUCGUAAACUACAAAAGCUCAGGUGGGGCGUAUCUGUUCCUGCCGAUGGGAGAGGCAUCACUCAUAGAACCCGGCGAGCCAUACAUCCGGGCUAUACAUGGACAUAUCGUGUCAGAAGUUCACGUGUUCUUACCGCACGUGCGGCAUAUGGUGCGCAUCAAUGCAGUCUCAGGUACUGACGGGGGAGCGUUUGAGAUAGAAAAUAUUGUCGACAUGACACAAAAGUCGAUGGACGAUCGAGAACUCGUCAUGAGGUUUAGGACAGAUAUUGACUCCAGUGGAGUGUUCUAUACCGAUCUGAACGGGUUCCAGUUCACCAGACGAAAGACGCUGAUUAACAAGCCAAUUCAGGCCAAUUAUUACCCAAUAACUACCAUGGUUUACAUGGAAAACGAACAGAAAAGAUUUAACUUGCUGUCAGCACAACCGCAUGGAACCGCCAGUAUGGGCCACGGUUGGUUGGAGGUGAUGCUGGACCGUCGUCUGCUGCGGGAUGACCAUAGGGGUUUGGAGCAAGGCAUGACGGACAACGUGCCCACGCUCAGCAGGUUCAGAGUGCUGAUAGAGCCCAGGACCGCAGGUGUCAGCGACCAGUCUUCCCCUGUCGGAUACCCAUCCUUGGCCUCUCAUCUACUGAGUCUGGCGCAUACCAACCCGUUCCACGUGCUACCAAGGCGCGAGACAGUGGACCCGGAGACCGAGUUAAGUCCCCACUAUUCUCCUCUGCUACACGACCUCCCGUGCGAGCUACACCUCCUCAACUUCCGAACGCUGCAAGGCGUCACCAAUGACUGGAGACCCAAGGAUUCGGCCGCACUUUUGAUCCACAGAGUGGGAAUUGACUGCUCCUUCCCGACCACUGGGUUGCAGUGUAAAGCAAUGAAUGGAAAGAUUCCUCUCGGACGCCUAUUUAAAAACAUUCCAUUUAAGAAAAUCAUGCCAAGUUCACUUUCAUUAAUGUAUGACAAAGAAGCAAUAGAUAAUAAUGAAAUCAUCCAGGUUGAACCUUUAGAAAUAAACGCUUUCAAAAUGGUUUUAUAGAACUGGGCGCACCACGUCAGUGUACAUAAUUGUAUAAAUUACGUCAAUUGUGGUAUUUUAUUAUUAUUAUUCCAAUCAGGGGCAAAAAUUGCCAAAGAAUUAUUUUUAAGAAAAGAGUAGAUUUUGCCUUUUAGUUGGUAAUGUAUCAUGUGAUGUUUGUCCAUUCAGUAUACAAGUAGAUUACGAAGAAAAAAUAAACUGGA